UUUUAAAGGAAAAUAAAAUAACGAACAUUGGAUCUUCUUCGUCAAUUUCAAAUUCUCUGUAAAACUCCAUGGAAUCGAAAGUUUCAACUCAAAAUUCCAAAACCCAGGUUCCUUCAACAAAGCCAACUAAAGAUUUCUCGAACCACCUGGAAAUCUACUUGGCCAAAAGAGAUGGUGUAGACAAACUACUCAAAAUCUCACGCUAUGCUACCAAAAUAAUUCUGGCCUCCUCAGUAAUCCCUGACACGAAAAACCCAUUAAUUAAUCGCCUUAAAUCCUUCGAGUCAAGCGUCGGAAUAAGCCGUAAAGCGUUUCGCUUGGGCAAAUUUGUUCAGGAUGUGAAUGCUUUAAGGACGGCGAACUUUAGUUCUGGGUAUGAUUUGGACUUUUUUCUUUUUUUAAUAGCCUAUGGAGGAGAGGGGUUGUAUUAUUUUAUCGAACAGUUUGUUUGGCUAGGAAAAACGGGUUUGAUUGAUAAAAGGUAUUUGAAUAGAUUGCAAAAAUUGAGUGCUUGGUGCGAGUUUAUUGGUUAUUUUGGGAGCGUGAGUUUGAAGGUUAGAGAAUUGAGGAAAAUUAGUGAGGAUGAGAGGUGUUUGAUGACGAUCAUUGAAGUGGCCGAGUUGAGGGGAAUUCGGUGCGAAGAGGAGAUGGGGAAGUUGAGGAAAUUGAGGGAGAAGAAGUUCAUGAAGAAGCUUUCGACAAUUCAGGAUUUGGCGGAUGGAUUGAUGGCAUUGGCUGAUAUUCGAGACGGUAAAGGAAGGCUUUCUGCGCCGAUGUUGGUUUCAUCAGCAGGGCUCUUGUCUGCUAUCAUUAGUACACAUAAGAAUUGGAUAGCUUGUUGAUUUGUUCAGGUAUGAUGGUGCUUCAUUUGAUGGUAUUGAAGAUAUUAAAUUUGAAUUUCAAAUGCAAUAAACGAAGAAUAACAAAGAAAGCUGUAUUCUCAAUAAAUUAGAGUCGACUGCAACCUUUUUGGUUAUCAGAUAAUGGCUAGAUACUUUGAUUGAUCAUUCGUUAUGGUGGUGAAAGAACAAUUACCAUUUGAAAUGGGAUAUUUGUUUUAAAUUUAGUGUAGGGAUUAUAAUGUAUUCCAUAAGGGAAAAGAUGGAUUCUUUGUUAUUAUUUCUGUACUUUGCUCAAAAUGAGUAAAGAUUAGUGUUUUUUGUUCUCUCUUUUGCUACCAUGUAUUGGGUUUUAUC